AUGGGCUUCGUAACCAUCAAUAAUAGCCAAAUCAUUGACAAGGCUUUCGGCCCAAACCAGCCCCUACAGCAGAGAAUUUACGACGCUCUUGCUCUUUCUCCUACACUCCGUCCCCUCUUCGAAGAUAUUGCGCAAUACACCGCCGCGAUUCAAGAUGCCCACGCCUCGGCGGUGUCGCUCCCGCCUGUGCUUCCUCAGGCACAGGCCGUGGUGAGAGAUGGCCCGGUGUCAAAGAAGCGAAAGAUAGCCAAUGGAGGGGGAAACUCGGCACAUGCCGCUCCCUUGAUGACGGCACUCAUGGGAGACGCCGACCUAGAAGUUUACGUGCAGGACAUGUCGUUCGCUAUUCCGCAGCGGAAGAAAUUGCAGCUCGAGAUUACGCGUGCGCCGUGCAGUGUGGGAUUUCUUCGGGCGAGGAACCAGGCGUUAAAUGUGGUGGAAUUUGGAAUACCGUUUUCGAAGAUUCAACAUGUUCUAUGCCUUCCUGUGCCGGAGAAAUCGCAGAAGCAAUUCAAUUUUUGUAUAAUUCCAGAAGGGAAUGAUGGAGUCUCUGCGCCUAGGGCUGGGGAACCUGUCUAUGAGACAAUUGUGUGGACUGUUCCUGACGGCCCUCCCCGUACAGCUUUUUGGGGUUCGGGCACACCAGCUAUGGAAGGCUCCAACCUAGCAGAAACAUAUCAGAGUUAUCUAGAAACCGCUCUUAAUGAUAAGUUGAAACAUACGAAAGUAGCAUGUCCGGACGAGAAGCUUUUUGUGAGUGCCAUCCCAGAGCCUCACCGGAAAGGCGAGAAAGCAUUCCAUGUGAAAGCAUUUCGUGGUAGCAAAGAAGGUUAUCUUUUCUUCCUAUCAACUGGUAUCUUCUUCGGCUUCAAGAAACCACUCAUAUUUUUCUCUCUGAAUAAUAUCGAGUCGGUCUCAUAUACCUCGGUCCUGCAAAGAACAUUCAACCUGAACAUUCUGACCCGCUCGUCCACUGACCCCAAUCAGACCCAGGAAUUUGAACUUUCCAUGAUCGACCAGGCAGACUACCCAGGCAUCGAUACUUAUGUCAAGAAACAUGGCCUCAAUGAUGCUAGCUUGGCAGAAGCGCGACGUGCUAAACAACUUAAUGUCAACGGCGCCCAAGACGAAGAAGCCAAUGCCGGCGAGGGAGAGUCUGAAUUACAAAAAGCUCAGCGUGAGCUGGAAGACCAGGAAGAUGAGGAAGAGGAAGACUACGAUCCUGGAAGCGAUGGAGAAAGUUAUGGUAGCGGAAGCAGCAGCGAGGAGGAAGAGGAUGUUUAUGAUGCUAACGCCGGCGGCGACUUAGUUAAAGAAGAGCUUGGGAGUGAGGCAGAGGAGGUGGAAGUGUAA